GGGCCCAAAACUCCCUUCAUCCUGGUGGUGGCAGGAAUGGCGUGGGUCGUCACGAUAGUGCUGCUGGUGUUGGGCAUGUCGAUGUACUACCGGACUAUCCUCCUGGAUUCCAACUGGUGGCCUCUGACUGAGUUCGGGAUUAAUGUGGCCUUGUUCUUGCUGUACAUGUCGGCCGCCAUAGUGUACGUGAACGAUACCAACCGAGGUGGGCUCUGCUACUACCAGUUGUUCCGGACGCCGAUCAAUGCAUCGUUUUGCCGCGUGGAGGGUGGUCAGACGGCAGCAAUCAUCUUCUUGUUUGUCACGGUGAUCAUCUAUCUCAUCAGCGCGGUGGUUUCUCUGAAGCUGUGGCGGCAUGAAGCAGCCAGGAGACACAGGGAGCUAAUGGAACGGGAGAUGAAAACACAGUCCUCUUUUCCAGAAAAGAAGUAUGAAAGCGAUGACAGACAAAGAGAAGAGGUCACUUACAGGCAGUUUAAACCAGCUGAAAGAAACCCGGAACUCCUCAAUGGUCAUAUACCUGCAGGCCACAUUCCUAAACCCAUAGUGAUGCCAGACUACUUGGCGAAAUACCCAGCAAUUCAAACGAAUGAAAUGCGAGACCGGUACAAAGCAGUAUUCAAUGAUCAGUUUGCUGAGUAUAAAGAACUCUCUGUGGAAGUUCAUGCUGUAUUAAAGAAGUUUGAUGAGCUGGAUGCAUUGAUGAGACAGCUUCCUCACCAUCCUGAAAGCAUAUAUGAACAGGAAAGGAUAUCAAAAGUUUUGCAGGAAUACAAGAAGAAGAAAAACGAUCCUGCAUUUCUGGAAAAAAAGGAGCGUUGUGAAUACCUAAAGAAUAAGCUUUCUCACAUAAAACAACGAAUUCAGGACUAUGAUAAAGUUAUGAACUGGAACGUAGAAACUUAG